CAGAACAGAAAGUGAGAGCAGUAUCUCAUUUCUGAACACCAGGAUUGUAGCUUUCCCUUGACUGUCAAAGGGGGUGGUUUUUAAAAGCAAGCCAAACAGGUUUCCAUCUUUUAGGAAGACCCCGGAACGUGCCAGUGGAUUCUGACAAUUUCUCAUGAACAGAAACACCUAGGAAGGGAGAACUGGUGAGUCUUUGCAAGUGGAGGAAGUCACUCAAAAGGGGUUGUGUUUCAUAUACGGCGCCCCGAAGGGGCAGAACUACUUCGACCUGGAGGAAAAAGAGUCAGGCACUGAGGGAAGGGGAGGGUGCACGUCUGGAGUAAUUUCAAGGCUUUUUCCGUGUUGUGUGGUGUAGCAACAAGGAGAGAUUUGUUCGUUUUAUUUAUUUUUGUAAUUUUUAAAGAUUUUCUUUUCCCCCCUUUUCUCCUCCCAGCCACUCCGGUUUGGGUUUGCCACAUGACUCAUAAUUCCUUUCAAAAGUGGAGUCGAAUUCAUAAAAGUGAUGGGGGGAGGGGUGCGGAUAGCGAAGGCUGGGAGCCCCAGGGAGUCUUCACUACCUACACUGCCGCUCAGCUCCCGGCGCGAGUGGAGGUCGGGGUGGGGAGACGCGGCUCGCGCCCGGGAUGGCGGAUACUCUGCGAGCCCCGGCGGCCCGCGGCCGGGCCGGGUGACGAGGCGGCGGGCGCGGAGGGUCUGCGGCGGGCGGGCGGCGCUGCAGCAGCCUGGGCACGGCCGCCGCCGCCCGCGGGCGCGAGUGUGCGCGGGUGUGGAAGGCCGGCGUGCGGGCCGCGAGGGGUGUGCGCGCGUGAGCCGGAGCGGGGCUCGCCCCUCGCCGGCGCCCGCCGCCCCGCCGGUGAUAGCUCUCCGGCCGUCCCCAGCACCCUGGGCCCCCCACGGCCGUUGGUCCGGGCGGGGGAGGGAGAAAGUGAGACUCGGUGUCAUCACCAUCCAUUGUCAGAAGGGGAGGAAAUUGGAAUCCAGCAGCGGCGAGCAGCAGCUGGGCGGUCACAUCUGGGAAUGCAAAGCCGACCUCCCCCUCCUCCUCCUCCUCCACCUCCUCCUCCUCUCUCACCCAGGAUCACUUCCGAAACCACUUCGCCUUCAGCCCCUGCCUCGGCCAGAGGGAUUUAUUUAAUGGGGAUGUGUUCAAGGCAAGAGCGAAUUCAGAAGGAUAUCGACGUCGUGAUCCAGAAGUCCAGAGCCGAGAAGGACUGCCUGUUUGCAGAUUUCAGAUACUCAGACUCUACCUUUACUUUUACCUACGUUGGCGGCCCGAGAAGUGUGUCCUACUCAGUACAUGUAUCUGAAGAUUACCCAGAUAAUACAUAUGUGUCAAGUUCAGAGAAUGUUGAAGAUGUGCUAGUUACUACAGAGCCAAUACCAGUAAUUUUUCAUAGAAUAGCAACAGAAUUAAGAAAAACAAAUGACAUUAACUGUUGCUUAUCCAUAAAAUCCAAAUUACAAAAGGAAAAUGGGGAGGAGUCAAGACAGAAUAGUACAGUGGAGGAAGAUUCUGAAGGUGACAAUGAUUCCGAAGAAUUUUAUUACGGAGGGCAGGUGAACUAUGAUGGGGAACUCCACAAGCACCCACAACUGGAAGCUGAUUUAUCAGCAGUGAGAGAGAUAUAUGGGCCACAUGCAGUUUCUCUCAGGGAAUAUGGAGCCAUUGAUGAUGUAGAUAUUGAUCUGCAUAUUGAUGUUAGCUUUCUUGAUGAGGAGAUUGCUGUGGCUUGGGAAGUAAUUCGAACAGAACCUAUAAUUGUUCGACUACACUGUUCACUUACACAAUAUUUAAAUGGCCCAGUGCCCACUGUUGAUGUGUUUCAGAUUUCCACAAAAGAGCGAUUUGGAUUGGGACAUCAGCUGAAAAAAAUCAUGCAGACGUUUGUUACACAGCAGUGGAAACAGAGCAAAGAAAAAUCCAAUUGCCUGCACAAUAAAAAGUUGUCAGAGAAGAAAGUGAAGUCUCCCCUGCAUUUAUUUUCUACUUUGCGCAGGUCGCCAAGUUAUCCUCCCCCUGGUUGUGGUAAAAGCAAAUCCAAACUGAAAUCUGAGCAGGAUGGAAUCUCCAAAACGCAUAAGCUGCUGCGGAGGACUUGUUCCAGCACAGUGAAGACGGAUGAUGUGUGCGCCACAAAGUCACACAGGACCUUUGGCCGCUCCCUGUCCAGCGAUCCCAGGGCUGAGCAGGCUAUGACAAUUAAAUCGCACAAACUUUUGAACCGUCCCUGCCCUGCAGCUGUUAAGUCAGAGGAAUGCCUCACUCUAAAGUCGCAUAAACUAUUGACUCGAUCUUGUUCUGGAGAUCCACGAUGUGAGCACAACACAAACUUGAAGCCCCACAAACUGUUAAGCAGGUCUUACUCCAGUAAUCUCAGAAUGGAAGAAUUGUAUGGACUGAAAAAUCACAAAUUGCUCAGCAAGUCCUACUCCAGUGCCCCCAAGUCAUCCAAAAUGGAGCUUUUCAAGGAACCUAAUGCAGAGGGCAGGAGGCUCUCUCUUACCUCAGGGCUUAUUGGUAUCCUAACACCAUCUUCAUCUUCAUCUUCUCAGCCUGCUCCAAAUGGUGCAAAAUGCAUUCCAAUACGAGACCGCGGCUUCCUGGUGCAGACAAUUGAGUUUGCUGAACAGCGGAUCCCUGUAUUGAAUGAAUACUGUGUGGUUUGUGAUGAGCCACAUGUGUUUCAAAAUGGCCCUAUGCUUAGGCCUACUGUGUGUGAACGGGAGCUGUGUGUGUUUGCUUUUCAAACCCUGGGAGUAAUGAAUGAAGCUGCUGAUGAAAUAGCAACUGGAGCUCAGGUGGUAGAUCUACUAGUAUCCAUGUGUAGGUCUGCAUUGGAAUCGCCUAGAAAAGUUGUGAUUUUCGAGCCAUAUCCUUCUGUGGUAGAUCCUAAUGAUCCUCAGAUGUUGGCCUUCAACCCCAGGAAAAAGAACUAUGAUCGAGUAAUGAAAGCACUGGAUAGCAUAACUUCUAUCAGAGAAAUGACUCAAGCACCUUAUCUGGAAAUCAAGAAGCAGAUGGAUAAACAGGAUCCCCUUGCUCAUCCCUUACUGCAAUGGGUGAUAUCAAGUAAUAGGUCACAUAUUGUGAAACUGCCAGUUAACAGGCAAUUGAAGUUUAUGCACACUCCGCAUCAGUUCCUUCUUCUCAGCAGUCCACCAGCCAAAGAAUCCAAUUUUAGAGCUGCUAAAAAACUCUUUGGAAGCACCUUUGCAUUUCAUGGCUCACACAUUGAAAACUGGCACUCCAUCCUGAGGAAUGGUCUGGUUGUUGCUUCUAAUACACGAUUGCAGCUCCAUGGUGCAAUGUAUGGAAGUGGAAUCUAUCUUAGUCCAAUGUCAAGCAUAUCAUUUGGUUACUCAGGGAUGAACAAGAAACAGAAGGUGUCAGCCAAGGACGAGCCAGCUUCGAGCAGUAAAAGCAGCAAUGCAUCACAGUCACAGAAAAAAGGACAGCAAUCUCAAUUCUUGCAAAGCCGUAAUUUAAAAUGCAUAGCCUUAUGUGAAGUGAUCACCUCACCCGACCUGCACAAACAUGGAGAGAUAUGGGUUGUCCCCAAUACUGACCAUGUCUGCACACGAUUCUUUUUCGUCUAUGAAGACGGCCAAGUGGGAGAUGCAAAUAUUAAUACACAAGAAGGAGGCAUUCACAAAGAGAUCCUCCGAGUAAUUGGUAAUCAAACUGCUACAGGUUAAAGGACCACCAUUUAAUUAACAUGAUCUGAAAGCCUUCCUCGGGUUCAAAGCUGGAUUUUGAACUGAAGAAGAUGAUAAAAUAAUUUAUUGUUAUUAUAAACAAAAUUAACCCUUUGAAUACUGAUUUGUUUUUUCUUAGUAUUUCUAAGUAUCUCGUUAAAUACCUAAAAUGGUAUAAAAUUUAUCAACUGUAGGGAUAUGGAAUCUAGUAAUAAAAUUUCAACAGCACUUAAACUGAAGUUUGGGUUGCUCACACAAUAAACAGAUUGAAAAAACAGUUUUGUGCUGAUAUUUUUAUAUUAAGCUCUUUCACUGGAUAUUUGGUAUUAUAUACCGACAUUUUAGGUUACCAAAAUAGAAUUGAGAACAUUUUAUAAUGGCGUCUAAAUCUAUCAGAUACUUUGCAAUAAGUAUAAUGUUUGCACAUUCUGAUGUGCUAUAUAAUUAGUAUGGGCAUUCUAAUGUUUUGGAAGGGAUGUUCCCUAUUCUUCUAUUUUUCUUCAUACAAAACAAUUAGGUCUUAGUAGCAGUGCUUUGCCAAAAAGUGUGUAAUAUACACAUUUAUAGAUUCAUGCAUCAAAAUGUGUGGUUGUGAAUAUAUUUGUGUAUAUUCACACGUAUGUUUUGACAAGAAAGAUGGCUUAACUUUACAAUUUUAUCCUCAUUUAAUGGAAAGAAGAUAAUAUUUAAUAAGCAGUAAAUUUGGACAUAAACCAAGAUAUGAGCCAAAUUUACCACCAUUCAUUCACUGAAAAUAUUUGCAGACAAUUUUUUUGCUUAUCUAAAGAAAGUCAACUCUUUUAAAAUGCUAUCUAAAAGUCAUAAUUUGGGGAACAUAUGUGGCCUGGUAGACCAAACCUAUAUUCAAAUGAUUAUAUAUUUAAAAGAAAGGCCUCAGAAUUUAAAGAAACCAUAUAUAUUUUUUAUUUACUACAACAAAACAUUUUACAAUUUUAUUUAUGCCACACCAGCAUUUUUAUAUUUGUUCAUCUAAUACCUCUGCUUAUUUUUUUUCAUAUUGAGAAAGAACACAAACUUUGAAGCUUCUUUUAUAUUAAAAGACCACAAAUACGUUUAUAGAGAACAAUAACACCAGCUCUCAGCAUUUCCUUUUCAAGAGUCAUAAUUUCAUCAAAAUCAUUUCUUAUUCUUUGAGUCCUAGAGUUCUCAUUCAUCAAGUUUUAAUUGACAGUGUUUAUUUUCCUACAUGUUGUCUUUGGAAUAAGGCCAUUCGUGAAAGCAGUUUAAUUAGUGAGUCUGCCACUCUAUUCAAACCCUGAAUCAAGGCUCUAUCUGAUUUUAAUUUAUGUCGAAAGAAAAAAUAAAAAUGUAUAGUCAUUUGCAAGUAUAAUAUGAUAACUGCUGUGUUUAUUUCGUUUGUCUGGCAUAAAAGGUUAGAAAAAGGUCAUACGUGUUGUUACGGGUUGCAGUUUAGGAAGUAUUUGCUAAUCAUUUGUUUUAUUAUAUUGCAAAUAAUUGAUAUGCCACUUAUUUCUGCAAAAAAUAAAUAGAAUUGAAGUGGUUGGGAUGUUAAUCAUUUUGUUAGUAUCUACUUAAAACAUUGAUCUGUUUUGACUUGUGCCUCUGAACUCUGGGCUAAGCUGAGGGAUAUUAGUAAUGGGGUAGGGCAAAGGUAUAAUAUCCUGUCUAGUGUUUUGUGACCACUUAUUUGAAGAUUAGCGUGGGACAUGAGGACCACUUGCUUUUUUCUGCCAAGAUGCUGCAAGUCUCCCAGAUCACUUUAACUGUGUUUUUAAAACAUUUUUAAGCAACAGAAUUAUUUUUUCAAAUUAAUUUUGUGGGACAGUCUAUACAUGAGAAACAUGAAAAUGUAAUACCAAGAUUUGGGAGAGGGGAUCUUGGAAUGCCACCUGUUUGGCCACGAGGACCACUGAGCACCUCCGAUAAGCUCUGUAGAGUGCCUCCAGCAUAGUUUAAAAGCCGCUAACCUAAUCCAUUAUGGCUUUACUUAACAUUUGAAUGAUCUGUAAGGAAUAUAGUAUUGAAGUCUGAACUGGAAGGGUAACUUGUAGGACUCAAGAAAGGCUGUUUAAGGAAAAUUGGCAUAAUAAAAACUGCUGCUGCUGACUUAAGAAUAUGAGUAGGUUCACCAAUCAGAGGAGAUUAAGUAGUUGAUAGUUUAAUGCUAGGCAUCUUUUAUGAUAAUAAAAUAAGAUGUCUUGUUAGGACAGUUAAUUGUGUUGUGUCAUGAUGCAGAAUGACAGAUUUUGUUUCAAAAAAUUGUGUCAGAACCUUUGUAAGCAACUAGUCUAAGAAGAAUCAGCCUUAUUUUUAAAUUGAACUUUUUGAAAUUAGGGAUACUAUAAUAUACUGACAAAGAUGCUUUUCUGUAUUUCUAAAGAAUCUAAUUUCAAUUACUACCAUUGGCAUAUUAAUAUGCUUCCAAAAUCCAAACAGGUCCAUACACUUUAUAGAUUUAAACACUGUUAUCAUGCUUUGAUUCAGUCAUUCAUUAAAAUAUUAUCUAUUGACUUAUUUGAUGCUUCCAAACAUUUGAUAUUGUAUUGUGUUUUUAUAAUUAUUUGAAAUCUGUUCACUGAUGCUUUGUAACGAUUUUAUUAAUUGUGUAGCCAUUGCUACUUAGAUAGCAACCCACUGAGCGAAGGCAGUCAUUCAUUUUCACCCUUGAAGUAGGGGAAGAAAAUUAUUAAUUUAUUAGCUCUACUUUUUCCUGCAUCACUGAUUUUGUAAACAUUUUACUAUUAAUAAUCUGUUCUCUUUUACUGUAUUAAAUGAGAAGGAAAUGAACAUUUGAGAACAGAAAACAGUAAUAAUAUACAAAUAAUCUAGUGCUAUAAAAUGCAUUAUAGUAAGGCACUUUUGGUGCCUUUGAGUACACUAUGCUGGAAUGAAUUUUAUGCUUGUUGCUCAGUAAAUCUCAGUCACAUGUUGGGUUUGAAGCUGUUUCUUUAAUUUAAAAUUUAAUUUUAAUAGUGCCAAAUUUUAAAGUUAUUGUCAAAUACUAUGUAGUAUAAAAGAAAACCAACCCAAACUAUUGUUAAUGCUCUGAAUGAUUUUCUUUGAAAAUUUUAAGUUUAGAGAAGAAAUUCUUUCAUUUUUCUCCCCUUUGCUAAAAGUAAGAAAAUCUGUAAUAUGUAAGUCUAUGAAUCUUUAAAUAACUGAAAGAAUUUUAGCAGUACUUUGUAUAAUAAAAAUAUUUUUAAAACUAUAACUUGCCUUAGACCAUGGGAUUUCAGAAAGUUUUAUCGAAAAACUCAUCAUCCUCAUUAAAAAGUCUGGAUAACUUCAUCAGAUAGUAAUUUAAUAUGUCAUGAAGGGGCCACUCAACAUUGGAUCAUCUACCAUCUCAAUAAAUAUGGAUUUCAUGGUGGCAUUUGAAGCACAUUUUGCAAACAUUAUGAUGUUUCUAUUGUCUUGCUGAAUUUUUAUUAUAACACUACCUCAAGACAAAUGAUAGACUGUUGGUAAGGUAAAUUGGGUUUUCAAUGUAAGGAACAAAUACAAAUUUACAAAUAGAAGUCAUCAAAUAAUUCAACAGUAAGACCAUACUGGACACAGAUGUCAGCUACUUCUGGACAAUGUGGUAACAUGGAUAUUUCAGUCACUGGUAACAUAUGACAGGGUUAACACCCAAUACAUUAUUUGAAAGAAUUUGGAUUGCAAAAUUUGAAAUUAAUUAGUUUAUUUUGAGAUUGGUUUUCUACCUGGGUCAAUUUUAUGUCCAUUACCUAAACCCACAAUCGCCCACUCUAAAGAGUUAAAGGAGGAAAACACCCAACUGCUACACUAGAAUUGCAGACGGAAUAUUCAAGCAUUUUGGCGUUUAAUGUCUGCUAAAUUUUUGUCAGAUUAUAUAUAUAUAUGAUGUAUAUUAUUACUCAGUAAAUUUUUCUUGGGAAUUUUGUAUACACUAUGAAAUAUUAGGCUAAGUUUUUGUAGGUCAAAAGAAUUUCAAGUAGUUUUUAGACAAAACAUAUCCAUGAGUGUGAAAAAAGCAGUGUUGAAGAACAGAUUACAUUACACAUUUACCAGCAAGUCAGUAAAAAAUAGUGCUUAUUUACAUAGUCAAUAUAAUUUAAUGUUCUAAAAAUAAUGUCUUCAAUCUGCCCAAUAUAUAAUGUAUCAUUUGAGAUUUUUAAAAAUGCAGCCACUCCUUUAUGUAAACAUUAAGAUAUGCCUAUGUUUCUUUAAUGAUACAGCCUCUUUAUAAUAAAUUUCUUGAUUUUUGUGCACAGAAUAGUAUUGCAACCUGCCAGCCUUUGGUGCCUUAGAAUUAUUAUGAAUAUUUAACAAUAUGUACAUAAUGUAAAUAACUGCCAAGAGAUCAGUGAGGCCAGAUAUUUUCUCUAUUCACUUUUUAUUGCUCUUGCUUUCUAUUGCUAUUAAAGCCUCUUUUAUCCAGCUUUGUAAUAGUUCCAACAUUGUAGCCAAUGUAAAUGUUUACUUUCAAUAAAUCUGAAUUUGUUUAACAAGUA